CGCUUUUAUUGGAAAAUGGUCUAUGAAUAUGCAGAUGUGAGUAUGCUGCAUUUGCUUGCCACAUUCCUGGAAAGUGCUCCACAGCUAGUCCUGCAGCUCUGCAUUGUUGUGCAGACGCGUACGCUUCAGGCCCUCCAAGGCCUUACAGCUGCAGCAUCUCUUGUGUCUUUGGCAUGGGCUUUGGCUUCGUACCAAAAAGCUCUUCGUGAUUCCCGUGAUGACAAGAAACCUAUCAGUUACAUGGCUGUAAUAAUCCAGUUUUGCUGGCACUUCUUCACAAUUGCAGCCAGAGUGAUUACUUUUGCUCUCUUUGCUUCUGUUUUCCAACUGUAUUUUGGGAUCUUUAUCGUCCUCCACUGGUGUAUCAUGACAUUCUGGAUUGUCCAUUGUGAGACAGAAUUCUGCAUCACUAAAUGGGAAGAGAUUGUCUUUGAUAUGGUUGUUGGGAUAAUCUAUAUCUUUAGUUGGUUCAACGUCAAGGAGGGAAGGACACGCUGUAGGCUUUUCAUUUACUAUUUUGUGAUCCUUUUGGAAAACACUGCCUUGAGUGCUCUUUGGUACCUCUACAAGGCUCCUCUGAUUUCUGAUGCAUUUGCCAUCCCAGCUCUAUGUGUAGUAUUCAGCAGCUUUUUAACAGGCAUUGUUUUUAUGCUGAUGUACUAUGCCUUCUUUCAUCCAAAUGGACCAAGGUUUGGGCAGUCACCAAGCUGUGCUUGUGAGGACUCUGUAGCUGCCUUUACACUUCCUCCAGAAGUAGCAUCAAGUACAUUAAGGUCUAUUUCUAAUAACAGAAGUGUCACAAGUGAUCGGGAUCAGAAAUUUACAGACAGAGAUGGGUGUGUGCCUGUGUUUCAGGUGAGACCUACUGCCCCUUCUACGCCUUCAUCCAGACCACCAAGGAUUGAAGAAUCUGUCAUUAAAAUUGAUCUGUUCAGGAACAGGUAUCCAGCAUGGGAGAGACAUGUAUUGGACAGGAGCCUAAGAAAGGCCAUUUUAGCUUUUGAAUGUUCUCCUACCCCUCCACGGCUACAAUAUAAAGAUGAUGCCCUUAUACAGGAGCGCUUGGAAUAUGAAACAACACUAUAAACGCAAUUUUGGAA